AUGUCUUCGCUUAUGAGUGGUGUUCUGAACUACUCAGCAAGAGAACACUCUCGGAAAAUGAAUGGCGAUCGAGACCUCAAGCCUUACGUCUGCCUCUUAGAGGGGUGCCCUGAAGCGCACCCGACCUACUCGACCUUUGAUGAGUGGUUUAGCCAUAUGGGAGUUCACAACCGGCGAUGGCAUCAGCAAGUUUAUCUGUCAUCCAGUUGGGUAUGUACUGUCUGCAAGUUCAACCCAGACGUUUACAGCAACCCACAGGCCCUCUACUCGCAUCUGAAAGAAUCACAUAAUGGUGAUUUUACAAAUGAACAGCUUCAAGUCAUUUCACGGCAGAGCAAGACGGUGCAACUAAGAGCUUGGAACGAUUGUCUUUUGUGUGGGUUUGCGGAGGAAGAUCAUGGGAAUAGUGGCGAGGCGGUGUUCCCUAAACAACUGAGAGGGUUGUCGAAGCAAGAGACUAUAAAACGUGCCAGGAAGACUCGUGUGAUGGUGAACCCUGGUCACUCCAGCUUAGACGUUGAAUGUUCGGAUCUCUCUUCUGAUUCAGACGAUGUGGGCUCUCAUGGACACAAAUCACAACAAAGCAAAGACCGCUCGGAGGCUGUAGCCCGGCACAUUGCAGUCCAUUUACAAGUGCUAAUGCUCUUGACAUUACGCUUCGCGGCGAUUCAAAAAGACGAUAGGGCCUUGGAUGAUGGUAUCAAGAGCGAUUCUGUCGAUAUAGACGACAGAAAUAGCGCCUCGAAAGGUAAUGACUUAGAAAGACUUUCCGACAUCAACUCCCAGGCGAAUGUCGAUAUGAAAGACAUUGACGGUGAGGACAAUGGGAAGGAUACUAUGGAUCUUGAUGAUGAAAUCGUUGAAAAAGAUAUCCUGAUCCCCGAUAUGGCCCUAGAUCUCGAGGAUGUCCCAAGACAAUGUGAUGACCUCGCAGCCGAGAAUGAUGCUUUCUUAAAAAAUGUCAUCGAGUCUGGAGCCUUCCAGUCUUGGCAAAAUGGCGGUAAGGAACUCUAA